CAGGACGCGAUCGGCAAGCUCUGUGGUGCCCGCUUUUCCCUUGGUGUAGCCUCGCAGACGGACAGGGGCGUCCACGCCUUGGCCAACGUCGCCCAGGUUGACAUUCUGCGAUCGAUCAACAAGAAGAAGAAGCCACCAGCAGCAGGAGACGAGAAGGCUCCUCCAUUCCUCGAGUUUGAGCUCCAGAAUGGGCUGAACUACCACCUCAAAGAGCAUCCGAUUGUGGUGACCCGAGUGGAUCUGGUGGAUCAGGAGUGGGACGCCCGCUCAUCUGCGGUGGGCAGGUCGUAUCUCUAUCGGCUCGUGACCGGCGGCGACACUCGCACCUCGCUUGGGACGCACGACUUCUCAUGCUUCGGCAAGAACGGCGACACGUACACCAAGGUGCCCAUGCGAACGAUUGAUUUAGCCGACGUGGUAGAAGUCCCAGCUUCCGCCUACGCGAACCCAAGUGACCAGUACCGUUUCUACCAUGUCUCCAUCAAGUCCCGCGCUUUCAUGUACCACCAGGGCGAGUGGAACGAGGCCGACAUUCGGCGCAUGCUCGAGGUGGACCCGCAGCGGACGCCCUUCCCGCCGGCCAACCUCCUGGCGCCCGCGCAUGGACUCUUCCUUCGCGGUGUGGACUACGGCGGCGCAGACACAGCUGUGGCCCGCCAAUAUGUACGCACCAGCGACUCAUAA